CUGAACGCAGCUCCUUCAGUCUCCUCCUCAUUCUGAGUGAAUCUCUGCUGGUUUGACCGUCAACCUGCAUAAUGACUUUAUUUUUAUCCUCCAGCAGGAAAAAGGUUUUCUGUUGGUUUUUGUUUGGCUGUGACAGGAAGUCGGCUCAGUUCUCGGGUUAAUCUGCUUACGGGUCAUGGAUGGAUUCAGAGAUCAGAUCUAACAGGAUUACAGUCUGGAUCCAAAUCCACACCGUUUUCUGACAACCCAAAUCUCUCAUUUUGUUUUUCCCUUUUUGUUUUAUUUCAACAAAAGCUGCAAAGAUACAAACUGUUCAAAUCAGAUUAAAGUUCACCAGCUCUGAUAGCUCUUAGUGGCUUGAACAGCUGUUGUUGCCGGUUUCCAUGACGACUUGUUUAACGUCCGUCCUCCGUUACGUGUCUCUGGAAACCUCCAGCCUCGUCUUAACGCCGCUUUGGCUUCGUGUCGUGUCCGGAUCAGGGACGAGCCAGAAACACUCGUAGCUCCGGGCGGGAGGCACAGCGACGCCGGAGGGGAGAGGAAGAAGCGGAUCUCAGGGCUCGGAGGAUGAACUCAUGAAGCUCCUGCUGACUGAAGGACAGAACGGCUUCCACGGCAGCAGCUUUCAGAGACGCUUCAUGUUUGAGCCACUCGGCGCCAUCUUUACUCAGCCGCCGUGUUCCUCAGUGUCUGAGCCAAAUGGAGGAGAGAAACCUGGAGGAAGCCGCAGCGUGAGCCGCUGUAAGGAGCUGGACGGCGCCACCAGGACGCGCCACGCUCCCAUGUCUCCCUCCGACUUCCUGGACAAACUGAUGGGCAGAACGUCGGGAUACGACGCUCGGAUCCGACCGAACUUUAAAGGUCCUCCGGUCAACGUCUCCUGUAACAUCUUCAUCAACAGCUUCGGCUCCAUCGCUGAGACCACCAUGGACUACCGGGUGAACAUCUUCCUGCGGCAGCAGUGGAACGACCCGCGGCUGGCUUACGCCGAGUAUCCUGACGACUCUCUGGACCUGGACCCGUCCAUGCUGGACUCCAUCUGGAAACCGGACCUGUUCUUUGCCAACGAGAAGGGAGCGCACUUCCACGAGGUCACCACCGACAACAAGCUGCUGCGCAUCUUCAAGAACGGCAACGUGCUCUACUCCAUACGACUGACGCUGACGCUGUCGUGUCCCAUGGACCUGAAGAACUUCCCCAUGGAUGUUCAGACCUGCAUCAUGCAGCUGGAGAGCUUCGGCUACACGAUGAACGACCUGAUUUUCGAGUGGCAGGAAAACGGGCCAGUCCAGGUUGCAGAUGGCCUCACGCUGCCGCAGUUCAUCCUGAAGGACGAGUCGGACCUGAGAUACUGCACCAAGCACUACAACACCGGUAGGUUCACCUGCAUCGAGGUCCGGUUCCACCUGGAGCGGCAGAUGGGUUACUACCUGAUCCAGAUGUACAUCCCGUCUCUUCUCAUUGUCAUCCUCUCCUGGGUUUCCUUCUGGAUCAACAUGGACGCCGCGCCGGCCCGCGUGGCGCUCGGCAUCACCACCGUGCUCACCAUGACGACGCAGAGUUCCGGCUCCAGAACCUCGUUGCCCAAGGUGUCCUACGUAAAGGCCAUUGACAUCUGGAUGGCCGUGUGUCUCCUCUUCGUCUUCUCUGCGCUGCUGGAAUACGCAGCUGUAAACUUCGUGUCGAGGCAACACAAGGAGCUGCUGCGCUUCCGGCGCCAACACAAGACCAAGACCAAGGAAGUGGAGGUUCAGGAGAGGCGGCCGGCGUCCGCAGUGACCUCCACUCCCAGCAGCACCAAGGACACCAAAGUCAACGCCAACAACGCCGUGGGAGCCGUCAGCAUCUCCCAGAAUGCACCUGGAGGAGGAAGGAGCACGGAGGAGAUGAGGAAGCUGUUCAUCGACCGGGCCAAGAAGAUCGACACGGUGUCGAGAGCCGGAUUCCCUCUGGCCUUCCUCUUCUUCAACAUCUUCUACUGGGUCCUCUACAAGAUCCUGAGACACGAAGACGUCCACAAACGCUGAGGACGGGGAGGACGGCGGCGCCACCUCGGAGGACGGCGGCGCCACCUCCUGUUUAUUUAUUUUAACUUUUUUCAUCGUCCGACUUUAAGGUCCAAACUCAGGAAGUGACGCUGCAGAUCCACAGGAAGUUUUGAAGAUGAGCCAAGAUGGAGUCCGGGACGGAUGCAGUGUCUCCCUGGUCCUGUCCAGAUCUGUGACAGACCUCCAGAACCUCCAGAACCGCUUCAUGGGUUCUGGUCCCGUUUCUUUCUCCUCUGUCCUCACCAGUUCAGUUCUGUCCCAAAACUUUUGCACGUUUC